UUACUAGGCAGGGAGAUGGAGGAGGUGACAGACAGUGCUCAUGUGACUUGUCACAUGACUUCAGAUCAGCCGAAAGCCAAAAUGGGACGCCAAACCUGCCUCCUAGGGCUCCUUGCUCUCGUCAUCACUGGCAAAUGCACUUAUAGCCCUGAGCCGGACCAGCGGUGGAUGCUGCCCCCAGGCUGGGUGUCCCUGGGCCGCGUGGACCCUGAAGAAGAGCUGAGUCUCACUUUUGCCCUGAAACAGCAGAACCUGGAAAGACUCUCGGAGCUGGUGCAGGCUGUGUCGGAUCCCAGCUCUCCUCGAUACGGAAAGUACCUAACCCUACAGGAUGUAGCUGAGCUGGUCCAACCAGCACCACUGACCCUGAGCACCGUCCAAAAAUGGCUCUUGGCAGCUGGAGCCCGGAACUGCCAUUCAGUGACCACACGGGACUUUGUGACUUGCUGGUUAAGUGUCUGGCAGGCUGAGCUGCUGCUCCCUGGAGCUGAGUUUCAUCGCUAUGUGGGGGGACCUUCGGAGACCCAUGUUGUAAGGUCCCCACAUCCCUACCAGCUCCCCCAGGCCUUGGCCCCUCAUGUGGACUUUGUGGGGGGACUGCACCGUUUCCCCCCCACGUCAUCUCUGAGACAACGCCCAGAGCCACAGGGGGUAGGAACUGUUGGCCUGCACCUGGGAGUGACGCCAUCUGUGCUCCGUCAGCGAUACAACCUGACAGCACAAGAUGUGGGCUCUGGCACCACCAACAACAGCCAGGCCUGUGCCCAGUUCCUGGAACAGUAUUUCCAUGACUCAGAUCUGACUGAGUUCAUGCGCCUGUUCGGUGGCGAUUUUGCACACCACGCAUCAGUAGCCAGAGUGGUUGGAAAACAGGGGCGAGGCAGAGCUGGAAUCGAGGCCAGUCUAGAUGUGGAAUACCUGAUGAGUGCUGGUGCCAACAUCUCCACUUGGGUCUACAGUAGCCCUGGCCGGCAUGAGGCACAGGAGCCCUUCUUGCAGUGGCUCCUGCUUCUCAGUAAUGAGUCAACCUUGCCAAAUAUACAUACUGUGAGUUAUGGAGAUGAUGAAGACUCUCUCAGCAGCAUCUACAUGCAGAGAGUCAACACUGAGUUCAUGAAGGCUGCUGCUCGGGGUCUCACCCUACUUUUUGCCUCAGGUGACACUGGAGCUGGGUGUUGGUCUGUCUCUGGAAGACACAAGUUCCGCCCUAGCUUCCCUGCUUCUAGCCCCUAUGUCACCACAGUAGGCGGCACCUCCUUCAGGAAUCCAUUCUUCAUCACAAAUGAAGUAGUCGACUAUAUCAGUGGUGGAGGCUUCAGCAAUGUUUUCCCACAGCCUUCAUACCAGGGGGAAGCAGUGGCCCAGUUCCUGAAGUCCAGCUCUCAUCUACCACCAUCUAGUUACUUCAAUGCUAGUGGCCGUGCCUACCCAGACGUUGCUGCACUUUCUGAUGGCUACUGGGUAGUCAGCAACAGGGUCCCCAUUCCAUGGGUAUCUGGAACCUCGGCCUCUACUCCAGUGUUUGGGGGAAUUUUAUCCUUGAUAAAUGAGCACAGAAUCCUCAAUGGCCGCCCCCCUCUUGGCUUUCUCAAUCCAAGGCUCUAUAAACAGCAUGGGGCAGGCCUCUUUGAUGUAACCCAUGGCUGCCAUGAGUCCUGUCUGAAUGAAGAAGUGGAGGGUCAGGGUUUCUGCUCUGGUCCUGGUUGGGAUCCUGUGACAGGUUGGGGAACACCCAACUUCCCAGCCCUACUGAAGACUCUACUCAACCCUUGACCCUUUCCUGCUGGGAAAGCAGAACUGUUCCCUGUGCUACUGGAGAAGGCUUAGUCCCCUAUUCUGCCUCAAUGGAAGCCCUGCUAAACUCUUAACUCUUGCCUCCUGCAGACAUCUUUUCCCUAAUCCUCAAAUGUUGCGAGCAGGACUUGAUUCCCAACCCUACUGUGUUCCAUCAAACUCAGGUCUCCUAACUCAACAAGAUGUUAUAACCAGCAUAUUUUGUCUCACCCUUCCCCGUCUCUUCUUCCUCUUUCCAACUUGAGAUGUGAAAAGAGGAUGAGGAUGUUGUCUUCCCAUUACUGAUACUGUCAGGCCCGUCUGGGGCUUACCACCUCUGCACUGACUGUAUGCUCUAUUUCUCUUCAAGUUUUCUUCCUAAUGCACUGUAAUGAGACCGUUGCGCUAACUGUUUAGUUUUUCUUCCCCUGGCACUGAGGCGAAAUGGUCUCCCUGACAUUUUAUGCAGGAUACACUUCUCAAUCUUUGUUUUAUGGUUUUUUUUUUUUUUUUGAAGAACAGGUUGCCAACAAUCUCAUAUUCUAAAGAAAGUUAAAAAUUUGUAAACUCAAAGUGUUUUAAAUAUGUUCUCAUCGGCAACAUUUCUCAACAAAAUAAAUAGGUCAUUACAAAUGAAUGUCACCUUUAAAUUUUGCUUCAACAAUUUUUUUUGUAAUUUAAUUUACAUUUUACUUCCCCCUUCUUGGCUACGAUAAAGCGAUAUUUGGUUUUUAUUUCAGCUGUUAGAUAUUCAUAAACAUCUAGCUUCUGUAAACCUGGGGUUUUGCUCUUUCCUUCAGUUUCUCAUUCAUCCUUUCUCCUUGGCUUCCAGUGCAUAUCCACCCUAACCACACCAGUUUGCCUCCUUUCCCACUAACUCCUGGAAUUCAGGUGUUCUUCAUUGCUCUAGCCUUAGUUUUUUGCUUUUAUCAUUUUAUUCAUCAUCCCUCAAACAAAUCACUGACAUCUAUACCCAUAGUGAUUGACAGAUACCUCAAAUGGAAGAUACCUCAAUACUUCAUCUCCCUCUUACCCAAACCUCAACUAUUUUAUCUCUUGGUAUAUGAUACAAUGCCUCUUCCAAACAAACCAAAAACCUAUAACCCUUAACUCUCAUUUUUUUCACCUCCUUAUUAACUUCAAUGAACAAGGUUUACUGAUUUUACCUUUCUAAUACAUCUUUAUCAGCCAGUGUGGUGGUGCUCACCUUUAAUCCCAGCAUUCAGGAGGCAGAGGCAGGCAAGUCUUUGUGAGUUUGAGGCCAUCCUGGUCCACAUAAAGUGAGACUCUGCCUCAAAAAUACACACACACACACACACACACACACACACACCUCUUCAUCUCUACUGCUACUGCAUUAGCUUUGAGCCCAUGUUGUUUUCCUCUAAACCGCAGGUGGGGAGCCAUUCCCAAAGCCCCUCAAUAUCCCUGACUUCCUACCCAUGGGUAAGUCAUCUUCCAGAUCAAACAGUAUAUUUACUUGUACAAACUCUUCAAAGAUUACUGGGUAAAAGUCAGGAGCAUCGAAACCUGCCUUCAAAAUCAGGGAAUAAACAUUGAUAAUAUCGGACACUUGGAAUUAGGUAGCUGAUGUUAGCUCUCAUUCUUCAUUGUGUUGUACCUACAUGUAGCUGGGAAAUAACCAUACAGUAUUGAAAUUGCCAGUUCGAUUGCCUUCCUUUCCCAGACCAGUGUUGCUAGUGAACCAGAAUCUUAUCCUACUUUGUAUUCCUAGGUUCCAGCCCAGUAGCUGGCAAUUAGGAAUUAAAUAAAUGACUGUUGAAUUGCAAAUGUGCUUCA